AUGGAACACAUAAAAGGCACCACCACGGAUCCUGAUAACUCUCAUCAAUCCCUGCACCGUCUCGGCAGCCACGAUCUCCAAGAACUCACCAACAUCGAGCUCACCAAACGGAAAGAAAACAAACGGAUCUUAAACAAAUGCAAGCACGAAGGCAAGACAUGUAGGCAGAAUGUCAGUCAAGGAUUCGUGACCUCAUGGAUGAUCGCUUACGUCUCCCAGUACUUGAUCGGGGUUCUGCCAUCUGUUUUGACAGGCAAGGCUUUCAAGAAUACGGCAAUCUUCAAGAAGAGCGGAGGGCGUGACACAAUCGGAUUCGCGUUCUUCGUGUCGUCCUAUCUAUCAGCCUACAAGGCCCUACUCUGCGCCAUGCGACAAUACCGACCUUACCAUGAGGGAGACCGGCUCAAUGCGUUCGUCGCAGGAUCAGUUGCAGGACUGGCGAUGUGGAUUGACAAAAACAAGAUUCGCAGAAAGGCACUCGCCCUCUACCUCUUCACACGGUCCAUCCAGUUCGGAUCAAGCUACUCGAUGAAGAAGUGGGCUGAGCACCGGGAAGCCAAGAGAUCGACCCAGCACCUCACUUUCCGGGAUGCUGUUCAUUCGUCAGGAAAGGAGCACGCACUGAUCACACAGUCAGGAUGGGGCGAUAUCCUCGCCAAGGUCAUGUUGUCGUCGGCCGGUGCGGUGUUGAUGUCGUCGUCAGCUGCAGUCAACCUCUAUGCGUGCAUGGUUGAGCCGGAUACAAUGCCGCAGUCUUACUGGAGGUUCAUAAUGCACCACACCGGUCUGCCUCAAAAGUUUGGACCUAUGCUCAAACCUCUAUUGGACGUCUUUGCGUCACAGCUGUUCGUGUUGGAUGCACUCCCUCCCGGCGUAGAGGGUAUCACGAUCCCUGCUGGUGUCACCUCUAGGGAGUUUAUAUCCACCCUCUCACCCAGCGUCGCGAGUGUGUUCCCGAGUCAUGUCCACCAUGAAUACCAACUGUGCGCGCUAAUGCACCCAUUGACACCGUGUUCUGGCCAUCUCAAGGAUGUCCUUGCUGGCGAGUUUGGCCGUGCAUUCAGGAUGUACGCUCCCCUCAACUUUCUUCUGACGCUUGUCUUCCAGCGCAAAAAAUUGGCGACCCAGCCCAAAGAGGUUGCACAGCGAUAUAUCAAAUCUACCAUUCGGUCAACCCUCUUCAUGACGAUGUACUUUCUCAACGGAGUCAUUGCAGGAUUCGCAGUCUUGAUUGAAGCACCAGGCCGACAGAUAGAGCUGGGACUCUAUUGCUUGCCUCGCGCAUUGGAUACAGCAUGGCAUUUGAUGCUGAAGCGUGGAUUGGUCCGCAAUAUUCCUAAUGCUGAGAUGGCGUUGUUCUGUGCCUCGAUGGGAUUGAUGAUGACCAUCUACCAGAACGACCCCAGUGUUAUCAAUAAUAACUACCUCUCCGUCCUCACUCGUGUCUUCGGACGUAAUUAG